UAAUAAAAUAAUUUCCACUUGUGUUAAAAAGGCCAUGGUUUUACAGAAUUUCCAUGCAACCGCUGAUAUCCAAUAUAAAAAUUAAUUAAUAAUAAUCCGACAUUAUCACUUGCUCUGCCACAGUGACACUCACCAACUUCGACCUAUUAGGUUUUUUGAUGAAUUGACACACCAUCUCAUAUCUCCAUUUAUUUUUCUAUUUUUCCGGAAAUGUAUUCUCAAAUACUCGUUUCUAUAUAUUUUAAUUUAUUUCCAAACGUAUCAUAAUUCAACAAAAAAAAAAAAAAUAAUAAUAAUAAUAAUUAGGGAAAGUGGAAAGAAAUAUAAAAGCACACCCCACCAACCGUAUAUAAAAAAGGACUGAAGGUUUUAUAAUAAAAGAGAGAGUUUUUCUGUUGGAUUUCACAAAUGGCUUCAAGGUUGAUGUGGGCUUCAAGGGCUGCUUCCUACCUCAGAAUCCAAACCACCCAUAGAGGGUUUGCUUCUGUUGUGAAGGAUUUCAAGUAUGCCGAUUCUCAUGAGUGGGUUAAGGUUGAUGGAAACUCUGCAACUGUUGGAAUAACCGAUCAUGCUCAAGAUCAUUUAGGUGAUGUUGUGUAUGUUGAGUUGCCAGAAGUGGGGGCUUCUGUGAAGCAGGGUGAAGGCUUUGGAGCAGUCGAAAGUGUCAAAGCAACCAGUGAUGUUUACUCUCCCGUGUCAGGGAAAGUGGUUGAAGUCAAUGAAGAGCUUAGCAACUCCCCUGGUUUGGUCAACGCAAGCCCAUACGAGGAAGGAUGGAUAAUGAAAGUUGAGAUCAGCGAUAGUAGUGAACUGAAUAAGUUGUUGGACUCAGAAAAGUACACCAAGUUUUGUGAAGAAGAAGAUGCACAUUGAUUGAUCUGGCCAAUGGCAGCAGGCGGUUCUCACGGAUGGGUUGCUUCUGCACAGAAUGUUACAGGGGUAGUCAAAACUGCAAAUUCACCUUUCUACUUUUCUGCUGUGUUUUUACUCCGCUUUGCUUUCGCAUGAGUAAUCAAUUUUAGUGAGAUUGUUGUUUCGAUCUGGAUAAUGAAUUGUAAGUUUUGUCGUUCUCCUAUUCGGUCUGUCCAUUGAUGUUGUAGCAGAUCUGGAAUUUUGUGAAAUGUUCUUUAUUGAGAAUGAAGUGCAACAAAUUGAAGAGGAAUAA